AUGAUACUCCGGUUCCAGAGUAAAGAAGGACAGUUCCGGCUCAACGUCGAGCCCACCACCGACAUCUCCACCAUCCUGCCCGAUGUACUCGAGAAGCUCCCCAAGGACGUGAUAGCCUCCACCGUCUCCAUCAGUCCCAAGCCUCACGGCGCAGAAGCACGAACGAUCGAAUCGCUUCAAGGCGUCAACUUCGGCAGAUUAGGUCUCACCCACGGCACCCAGAUCUUCCUCGACUUCACGUCGGAUGAGCCCAUCGCCAACGGCCACUCCCUCCCUGCGAACAGACUCAACGGCGGUGACGUGGCACCGGAAGAGGCUGCAUCGAGCAUAUCGAUACCUUCAAGCGCCUCGCAAGGACUUCUGAAGAAUCCGUGGGAGACGGUCGUUCAGUCAGACCUCGACAACAGACUAGACCAGAAAGAUGGCAAGAUACAUCGGAAGCUCGACACAAAACUGUGCAGACACGGUCCCAAGGGCAUGUGCGACUACUGCAUGCCAAUCGAGCCGUACAACAAGGAGUAUCUCGCUGAGCACAAGAUCAAGCACGUCUCAUACCACUCAUACCUACGCAAACUCAACCAAGGAAAGAACAAGUACGAGUCAGGCAGCUCGUACAUGCCACCUCUCAGUGAACCCUACUAUCGCGUCAACCCCAAUUGUCCUUCAGGCCAUGCUCCGUUUCCGAAAGGCAUCUGCACGAAGUGCCAACCUUCAGCCAUCACAUUACAGCCGCAGGAGUACCGCAUGGUCGAUCAUGUCGAGUUUGCCAGCGCUGAGAUUGUCAACUCCUUCCUGAACUUCUGGCGGAAAGGUGGGGCGCAGCGGAUAGGCUUCAUGUAUGGUCGGUACGAAGAGUACGAGGCCAUUCCACUGGGCACGAAAGCGGUGAUAGAAGCCAUCUACGAGCCGCCGCAGAUCAAUGAGGUAGACGGCGUGACGCUUGGCGAGUGGGACAACGAGGACUCCAUCGAUGAGCUUGCGUCCAUGUGCGGGCUGCAGCGUGUGGGUGUCAUCUUCACGGAUCUCAUACACCCUGAGGACCCAAGUGAAGGCACCGCAAUGUGCAAGAGACACAUCGACUCUUUCCUGUUGUCCUCACUCGAAAUCAUGUUUGCCUCGCGGUACCAGGCCAAGUACCCUCGACCAAGCAAAUGGAGCGAAACCGGAAAGUUCGGCAGCAACUUCGUCACGUGCGUGAUAUCCGGCGACGAGGAGAACCAGAUCGGUAUAUCAGCCUACCAAGCCAGUAACGCAGCAGUCGAGAUGGCUCGCGCCGACAUCAUCGAGCCGUCGGCCGACCCUACCGUCAUGCUCGUGCAAGAUGAGAACGAGGAGAACGAGCUUGGCCGCGUACGAUACAUCCCCGAAGUCUUCUACCGCCGCAUCAACGAGUACGGAGCCAAUGUGCAGGAGAACGCGAAGCCCAGCUUCCCCGUCGACUACCUGCUGAUCACACUCACGCAUGGCUUCCCGAAGACCGAAGCGCCGCGGUUCGUGAAGAGCGGCUUCGCCGUUGAGAACAGAGAUGCGCUGGGAGAACUGCAGGAGCCGAGAGAUCUGCAGAAGGAGCUAAAGGCGGGUGCGAAUAGGGUUUCUCUUGACACCGCGCAGGGUGUGCUCGCGGUGUCUGACUUUCACAUUCUGUGCUACAUCCGCAGUCUUGGGGUCUUGAGCAAGGACGAAGAAGCCCUCCUCUGCCGCACCGCCACCACCCACGACGCCGCCCUCGGCUCCACACUCAUGCACACACCAGGUUGGGCCACCCUCGAGACGAUCCUGCAGAUGUAA